AUUAAAAAUCAAAGAAGAAAGAUGAAGGACAGAUCCAUGGUGGCUAAAGUCGUCCCAAGUCUAUGAUAGUGACAUGCCCAAUUCUAACAAUCACACCGAUUCAGAUUUCGAUCAAAUUUCCGAUGGAUGGAACACGGCCUCCGAAGAUGAAGUAGAACAGCUGUCGCAUGCUGAUAAUGGUCACUUUUGUGAUCUAAGUGAACUGCCAGCUGGUGCUGAUAGUCACGAGGAAAAAGCUAAGUCUAGCAAUAAAUUGGGGAUUUUGGUGAAUGAUGCAAGAGGAAACACUAAAGCUUCUGUGUCAGAUUUAGGUGGCAGUAAUAGAGUGCAAAACAGUAUAGGUGCCCAACCCUCCUCUGACUCCUACUCAGGUGUUAAUGGAUCAAAGAACCAAAAUGGACAAAACACUCCAAAGAAGGCCCAGGUCAACCCAAUCCAAGUCUGUAACCCUUUAGGCCAAGAUAUUGUCUCAAGAGUCUUGGCCCAAGAUCCACUCGAAUCUAUUCCUUAUCGAGAUGCAGAAUCGACCCAAAGCCUUGACCAUCUGCAAAAUGUUGAAACCCUCAUAUGUGUCACAAGCGAUUGGGACUCUGUUUUGUUGGGAAUGAAGAGCUCUUUGCUGCUAAGUUUUGCAAACUGGAGGAGCAAGAUUUGGGGCAACAAUCGCCUUAGAUUCCUUUCCUUCCCCACUACCAGAUUCUUUUUUACAAUGAACAUAGUCACAUUUAACACUUGUGAACUUGGUGAUAGCAUCAAGAGGAGAGAGUUGAGGAGAGUAUGGUUCACUAGGAAUGGCUUAAGUGGUAGGCCAGGCGGCCUAUUGUGUAUAUGGGACUCCAAUCUUUUCGAGAAGACUCGGGUUAUUGAAGGUGAGAGUUUCCUAGGAGUUGAGGGUUUAUGGGGUACAAACAAAGCUACCUGCUGCUUUGUGAAUGUCUAUGGUCCAUGUAAUGUAGCGGGUCGUGCAAAGCUGUGGGAGGAUCUUUCAACCCUUAUUGGAACCCAAAACUACUUCUUCUGUCUUGGUGGCGAUUUCAAUUGUGUCAGAGGUCAGCAUGAAAGACAAGUAGAGUUUACAGAUGACGAAAUUAGAGAAGCAAUCUCUUCCUGUGCAAGUGACAAAGCCUCGGGACCUGAUGGAUUUAAUUUUCACUUCAUUAAGUCAGCUUGGGGAACAGUAGGAACUGAUAUGAUCAACUUCAUCAAAGAAUUCCACCAUAAUGGAAAGUUGGUCAAGGGAAUUAAUUUUUCAUACAUCACACUUGUGCCUAAGAAGAAAAACCCCACCUCCUUGAAGGAAUUUAGGCCAAUAUGUACAGUUAGGUCCAUAUACAAAAUUUUGGCUAAAGUGCUUACAAAUAGGCUCAAGAAGGUAAUUGGUAAGAUUAUUAGCACUAGUCAAUCUGCUUUUAUUAAGGGUAGACAACUUGUUGAUUGUGCCUUUACCCUUAAUGAGAUUGUGCAUGACUUGAAAACUAAAAGGAGGAACGAUAUUAUAUUCAAGGCUGAUUUUGAAAAAGCAUUUGGCUCUGUGGAUUGGGGAUGUCUACAUACCAUGCAUUCCCUUUUGGGUUUUGGAGAGAAAUGGCGAAGUUGGAUCAAAGAGUGGUUAAUAUCAGCUUCAAUCUCAGUCGUAGUUAAUGGUAACCCUACCAACGAAUUCAAUAUGCAAAGAUGUUUGAGACAAGGUGACCUCUUUUCACCUUACUUAUUCCUUAUUGCUGCUAAAGGUUUUCAUGCUUUUCUCCUUGAAGCAAAAAAACAAGAGGUCUUUAAAGGAGUGGUGAUUGAUGAGGAAAUUUCUAUUUCUCACCUCCAGUUUGCUGAUGACACUGCUCUAAUUUGUAACGCCUCUAUUAACUCCAACUUGGCUAUCAAGUAUACCCUGAGAUGGUUUGAAAUUAUUUCAGGCCUCAAAAUCAAUUUUAAUAAAAGUGUGUUAUUCGGGGUCAAUGUGGAUGACACUUGGAUCAACAUGGCUGCCUCUGCCCUAAAAUGCAAAGUUGGGAAAACCCCCUUCAUUUACCUAGGGCUCCUUGUUAGAGGAAACCCUCACCACCAUUCCUUUUGGAAACCCAUGAUUGAUAAGUUCCGAUCUAAAUUGGCAUCUUGGAAAGGAAAGCUUCUUUCAAUUGAUGGUCGUAUCACGCUUCUCACCUCGGUACUUUCUGCUCUACCUCCCUCUACUUCUUUAUCUUCAACGUUCCAAAAGGCAUCUUAAAACAGCUCAUUAGAAUACAAAAAUACUUUUUAU